GAAAUGGGACUUGAUCCAUGGAUAGCUGACAAACAGGGAGAAUCUCUUUUGAGUGUUCUUAUCAAAUCAGAGGCUUUUGUUCUUACCAGAGCGCUGAUUGAAGUUGCCUGCAAGGAAAACUACGUCACAAAUGACGUAAAGCUUUCGCUUUUAAAUGUCAUUUCUAAGGACGAAUCGAAGCAUACACAUUGGAAGACCAUUUUGGCUGAAGUCAUUCUAAAUUCAGCUAUAACGUCCCGUCUUUCUUUGGAUUCACCUCUUCGUUUUUGCUGUAGGAACAUUGUUCAACUUGGUAUGUUUGAUGAGAAGGCAGAUUCUACUCAGCAAAAAGCAAACGACGAACCAUCCGAUGAUGAUGGACAAUCACCUCCAAAGAAAAGAAGGAAGGAUGAUUCAGUAAAAGCACAGGGAGAAAAAGAAGAACCAAAUGAAGAACGUGUAAGCUAUGAUUCUGUUCACUGUAAAAUUGCUAAACAGUUGCUUUCGCACGGAGCGGAUAUUCACAUUCAGGACUCGUCUGGGAUGUCUUGCCUCGACAUUGCGCAAGAUUGCCCCUCUCUUAAAGACCUCCUAACAAAACCAAUAGAAGUCGAUACUAUUUCCAUUCUUAUUCCCUGGACCUCCGUUUCUCACAAAAGUAAAAGAAUACUUGCCAAAGUUGCCAGGCGACAAGAGUGUGAAAUGGUUGAUCAAAUUUGGUACUGCAAAGAUUACAUAGCACGUGGCGCAUUUGGUGUUAUUUUUGCUGGAAUCAACCAAAAUGAUGGCAGAGAAGUGGCUUUAAAACGCAUAGAAAAAUUGGGUAUGAAGCGACGGAAAGACAAACGAGAAAUAAAAAAUCUCACCGCUCUUGCUGACUGUGAACAAGUUGUUCGUUAUAUAUCUUUCCUUGAAGAUGAACACUUCUCCUACAUAGUCUUAGAGUUGAUGGAGGGAAAUCUCGACGAGUAUCUCGAUGGUUCGAAAAUUGAUGUCAAUCAAGCAACUGACCUUUGUAAACAUAUAGUCAUGGGGCUUGAAUUUUUGCAUCGACAAAACAUCCUCCAUCGCGACCUAAAGCCUGCUAAUAUUCUUUAUAAAGUACAUCCGAAAACGUGCUUGAAAAUUGCCGACUUUGGUCUAAGCCAUAUUAUUGAUAGUGUGUCAACCACAGUGUAUCGUACGGGUGCUGGUACAAGAUGUUGGAUUUCUCCCGAAGUUUUGACGUCCAAGCCCGACAGUGUCAACAAGGAUCAUUUUGCACGCGCGUCAGAUAUGUUUUCGUGUGGCCUACUUGUUCAUUACAUUUUUUCAGGACAGAAGCAUCCAUUUUAUCCCGCUGAUUAUGCUAGUAAAAAUGCACUACAAGUUUGCACUGAAACAGAAGGUAACAUAAUGAAAGGUACAAUGGAAGGAUGGGACGAGUCUCUUCCUCCUGAAACCACUCACCUGGUUAAAAAGAUGCUUGAAAGGAAUGAAAAGGAUCGACCAAGUGCAGAAAAAGCACUAGAGCAUCCUUUAUUUUGGUCGAAAAAAGAAAAGGUGGAAUUCCUAAAAGCUGUUGGUAAUCAGAAAGAAUUUCAGUGUCCUCGUUCAAAGAAAAUCCUACCUCGGACCCGACCUUCGCGAACGAGGACUGUACCUUUGACCCCAAUCGAGACAGAUUUAGAGAAUGGUAUCAAGUUCAAAGGAAACUGGAACACUUCAUCGUAUGGAAACACGCAUGUCAUUCACAGAAAGAUAAUGACAGGAACAGGCAGAAAGGAUUAUGCCAUCUGGUCAGCCGUGGAUUUGGUACGAUUUAUACGAAAUGUAUAUAAACAUUUCAAAGAAAAAACGUUUGGCACACCAGUACGAAUCGAAGAGAUGCUGUUUAAGGCCUUUGUGUUUUUUGAUGAUUUUCCUGACCUUGUGAUGGAAGUCUACAAGGCUGUAACCACUCAUGGCUGGGACAAGACAAGAGAUGAUGUUAAAUUUGCCAUGAACAAGAAGUAUUAAGGUAAAUUAAAUGUCAAGUGAAACAGGAAAUUUUGACGUGAAAUUGACGUCUUUCCAAAACUGAUGUUUUGAAGCUAGCAAAAUUUGCAAGGUAAAGCAAAUUGACACUGCGCAAUAUCAACACAAUAAACAACGAAACAAGAGAGCAGAACUAACGUACUUUUAUACUUAAACUUCACUAAGUAGUUCUUCUCGAUUUUUAGGUUAUUUGGAAAAUAUAGCAAUAAUAAAUUAACAACAAAGAAAUUUCUGCUAGAGCUUUCACUAUAGUGUGUUGUCUGCAAUGGUCACCAAAAAGAAGAAUAAAACUAUUACCUGGAUUUGAUAAACUGAAAUUUGAAGUUUGAGUUAUUUGGAGAAAUGUUAGUCGUGUAGCCGGCGUGGAAACAAAAGAUUAAGUUUCCCCAAACGGGCUUCAAAAUAUUUUCACACUGACAUUCAUGAGAUUGCCCAACGUUUGAUUACAAGAAAUUACGGACAAAAUUUGUCAUACUUCCUUAUUAAUUUGCAUAUCACUUUGCAAUAUUGCUCCAAAGGUAAAAGGUAAAUUGUACAACGCGACUUUGUAAAUCGCAUCAUCUGGGAAUAAGGCAGAUCGUUUAAAACUUGCUGAAAUUGCUGGUUGCAAAACAAAGUAUGCCGUAGAAUUUAGUGUUAGUUACCACAUAUCCUGCUUUUUCUAUAUUUGUACAGAGGUUUAUUUUUACUACAUUUGUAUAUUUGCCUGGAUAUAAAAAUUCCGCAACAGGAAUAAAUUAAAAAAACAGGAUAGACCUAAUUCAAAGCAAGCCAAAAUUACACUGGAUAUCUCGACGUACUUGAUUUUACAACUAGCGACGUCGACAAGUUUUAAACGACUUACCCUAUUCUCAGCCUUGGCGGUUUACAAAAUCGCGUUAGACAAUCUAUUGUUCACAGUGAACGCCAUUUUCGAACUUGAUGUGUAAAUUACUAUGGAAAUAUAGAAUAAAUUGCAAAUAUUUCUCCAAAUUGCAAAUAUGUCAUGGUCUUUCUUUAGGCAGUAUGAACCAUACUGAGCUUUUAUAACAGUUUAUCACUUUCCUUCAAAUAAUAUGAAAAUAGUUUUCCUUCAAAAUUUCAACGCAUUUCAAUUACUGUUUGAGCAAGGAUUAAUCUGGUCAAAAGACAAUAAAUUGUUAAAAGAUAUAACAUUUCUCUUUUGAAACUACACAUAGCCCAUGCCGUAAAGCUUCGGAUACACGAGCAAUAUUUUUGCUGCGAUGGUUACGUAAUGUUGAUAACAGUAUUGCGUUGCCGUCGCACAAGGUGGCUACACCGGCUAUAUUUCACCUGCAAUAUACGUCUUCCUAACGCAUUUCAUUGGCAGGUCAAGAAACGUGUCAAUCAUCAACCUUGACCUUCCCUGACCAUACCUCCCAAUUUUUGCCAAAAAUCAAAUCAUUUGAAAUUUCGGCAAUGAUUGUGCGAAGCUUUACGUUGCCGUCGCAGAGCAUGAUACACAAGCAAUUUCCCUCUCGCGCGUCACCAGAAAAAUAUUGCACGUCUAUCCGUAGCUUAAAUACUCUGGUUUUCUCUCACUUAAUUAAUGGUUGUGAUAAUAUUCUAUGCGAUUCUUAUUUUGUAUCGUGUUAUGUAUUUAUGAUUGUUGACGAUAUGUAACAGAAUAUUUGGUGGCUAAAACUUAUCAAAACGUCAGCGCAGGAAGGUUUGGUGCACAUUUGUAGCUUUCAAAAAAAUUCUAUUUAAUGCUGCAUGAAAAGUUCGGCGACAAAAAAACCCAUUCAUCUGUGUUUGAAAUUGGCUCUGGAUCUGCAUGUAUAUUUGAUUCAUGUAUGCACUAAAAGCAAAUUGCAGCAGCGUAAGCUAUUUUUCCUCUUCAACAUUUUGUAUCCUAAGAAAUUUUCAUAUCUGACACUAUAAUAAUGGCGUUGUAACAAUAACUGGUGUUCUUAUUACAACAACCUCAAGAUAGUUUAUGCAAACUUGGCUACAAAGGGGCAACGUAAUUUUUUAUCAAAUCUUGUUUCAGAUUUUAUGUUAUCGCAGCCAUUUGAUUUCCAUGCAGCAGAUCAAAGACCUCUACAAACUAAGG